GAAGACACACAACCUAGAGGGACGACGCAACACGGAACAAAGGGAUACUCUGACAUAAAUACACAGAAGGUAAUGAGGGAAGUGGGAACACACGGGGAACACAGCUGAGGACAAUUACUUAUGACAGAGCGGGGAAGACACGAAACUGAAAAUACUGACACUAAGAUGUGGACCUCAAACACAACACAGAGUACACAGAGAGAGGCAGAGAGAGAGGCAGAGAACAAGAAUGAAUACACAAGAGGAUGAGGAGAACAGAACACAAGGGAUGGGAACACGGUAUCAGAACAAACACCACAAUAUAAGCAAGGACACAGGGGGGAAUCCAAAUACCAAACCAAACAAUCCUAUGAACAUAAAGAACAUAAUACAAAACCACAGGAAAACUAAGAACACUGGGUUAAAAUGACCCAGGACCAUGACAGUACCCCCCUCUCAAGGGCUGGCUCCAGACAGCCCAACAGAAACAGAAAACAACCCGACCAGGGCGGGCGGCGGGGGUCCAGGACGGAGGGAUCAAGUCCGAAAACAAGAUAACCACAAAAACUGGAGCACAGGGAGCAAAUCAAAAACAAUUCGGGAGGCCAACCCAGAGGAUGGCAACACCAUCGCGCCAAACAGUUCAGUUCAGGAGGCCGACCGUGCGGGCGGCAACGGCGGCGACUCAGGCGAAAGGGAUCCGGGGGCUGACCGUGCGGGCGGCAACGACGGUGACUCAGGCGAAAGGGAUCCGGGGGCCAGCCGUGCACACGGCAACGGCGGCGACGGGCAAACAGUUCAGGGGGCCGACCACGCGGAAGGCAGUGGCGGCAACAGAGCCGGUCCGGAGGUCGGCCGCGAAGCCAGCGGUGGCGGCGAAUUCUUUCAGGGGGCCGCCCUCGACGGCCAUGAUGCUGACCCAGAGGCCUGGAAAGCGGCCAACAAAGGCGAGGAGGCACAGGUCGAGCUGGCUCUGAUGGCAGUGUUGCUACUGCGGGAUCAGACGAGGCAGGACCAGAUGCUGAAGCCAGACCAGACGGGGAUGAAGACUCGGGGGCUGCUGCAGGCGAGGACGAAGACGAAGCGGAGGCUGGGCCAGACGGAGCUGAUGAGGCGGAGGCUGGACCAGACGAGGCGGAGGCUGAGGCCGAAGCUGGACCAGGCGAAGCUGAUGACGCUGAAGAGGAGGCCACUGCAGGCGACGCCGAAGCCAAUGAUGAGGCUGGACCAGGCGAAGCUGAAGCGGGAGCUGGACCAGGCGAGGAUGAGGGCAAAAAACACGGAGGCUGCAGCUGGCGAGGACGAUGAGGCUGCUGCAGGUGACCCUGAAGCUGAUGAAGGAGACCCUGAAGCUGACGAGGAGGCCGGGCCAGGCGUGGACGAAGACUCGGAGGCUGCAGCUGGUGUGGUAGCCAGAGGCGGCGCUGCAGGCGACGGCGUGGUAGCCCUCGGACCCUCCAGCGGAGACAGGAGGCUGAACGGGCCCCUCGGACCCUCCAGCGGAGACGAGGAAGGGCUGGCCGGGCUCACCAGAACCCCAGCGGAGACGAGGAAGGGCUGGCCGGGCUCACCAGAACCCCAGCGGAGACGAGGAAGGGCUGGCCGGGCUCUCCAGCCAACGUAGCAGGAAGCUGGCUGGG